AUGAUGAAGAUGGGGGAACUGUGGACACAGCUGGGCUCAGUGACGGCCAGCAUGAUGUUUGCUUAUGCCAUGUUCAAACAAUUCUUCCCAGACGAUCUUGGCAACAUCCUUGAAAAAUAUACCCAAAAAUUGGUGGGUUAUGUCUACCCUUACAUCCAAAUCUCCUUUGAUGAAUACACAGUUGAGUUUUUAAGACGCAGCGAAGUUUAUUCUUCCAUCCAAAGCUACCUCAGCACCAAGUCCUCCACCAGAGCAAAACGCCUCAAGGCUCACGAUGUUAAGGGCAGCAAGGCCCUUGUUCUCGGCAUGGACGACAAUGAAGAGGUCACCGAUGAGUUUCAGGGCAUCAAGCUCUGGUGGGUUUCAAUGAAAAGUGCGUCUAAGAAGUCAUCUUUUUCUUUCUAUCCUGAGUAUGAAGAUAGGAAGCAGUACAAGUUGACCUUCCACAGACGCCACAGGGAUAUUGUGAUGGGGUCUUAUCUGGACCAUGUGAGGCAGGAAGGGAAGGCAAUUGCAGUGAGCAAUAGGCAGCGCAAGCUUUACAUCAACAAUACAGGGAAGGGUGCCAAGUGGAGCCACGUAGUGUUUGAGCACCCUGCAACAUUUGAGACCUUGGCAAUGGACCCGAAAGAGAAGCAAUCGAUCAUCGAUGAUCUCAUGAAGUUCAGCAAGGGGAAAGACUACUACAAGAAAAUUGGCAAGGCUUGGAAGCGUGGAUAUCUUCUCUACGGGCCACCGGGCACGGGCAAGUCUACCAUGAUCUCUGCCAUGUCUAAUCUCAUGAACUAUGAUGUCUAUGAUCUAGAGUUAACGGCUGUCAAGGACAACACCGAGCUGAGGAAGCUAUUGAUUGACAUAACUGCUAAGGCGAUUAUCGUGAUCGAGGACAUUGAUUGCUCUCUUGAUCUGACCGGACAGCGAAAGAAGAAGAAGCAAGAGGAGGAAAAAGAUGGGGAUGAAAAGGACCCAAUUCCUAAAAGGCCUGAAGAAGAAGAAACCACAACAAGCAAGGUCACUCUGUCUGGGCUGCUCAACUUUAUUGAUGGGAUUUGGUCAGCUUGUGGAGGGGAGAGACUGAUUGUGUUUACCACAAACCAUGUGGACAAACUUGAUCCUGCUCUCAUUAGAAGAGGAAGAAUGGACAAGCAUAUUCAGCUGUCCUACUGUUGCUUUGGAGCAUUCAAAGUGCUUGCAAGGAAUUAUUUGGAUGUAGAAUCACACGAGUUGUUUGGAACCAUCGAGCGUUUGUUGGGGGAAACCGAUAUGACUCCGGCUGAUGUUGCUGAGAAUUUGAUGCUCAAAUCUGAUACAGAGGAUGCAGACUCUUGUUUGAAGAGCUUGAUUGAAGCACUCGAGGCUGCUAAGGUGGAGGCAAGAGUGAAGGCAGAGGAAGAAGCAAGAAAGAAAGCAGAGGAAGAAGCAAGAGUGAAGGCAGAGAAGGAAGAGAAAGAGAAGGCAAAAUCUGGUAAUUCUAAAGAUGAAGUGAAAUGUAAUGGAACAAAAGAUGAAGUGAAAUGUAAUGGAACAAAAGAUGAAUUGAAAGGAACAUCGGUUGCAGAAGUAAAAGAAAAUGGUGUGACCCCGUGA